AUGCAAAGCCCACACACAUCCUCCGGUCGUCGCGGCAGUAUCGGCUUGUCCAGCAGCGCUAGCGCUGAAGACUCGUGUUUAUUCGUGGACAACCUAAUCCGCGGCGUUCAGCAACGUCUACGCUCGGAGUUGGGCUUCCGCGAGGUGGUCGUAGCCACAGGCGAAGAGGCAAAUGAUAUCGGUAUGGACUCGGGUCGCUCACGUACGCUGUUGGCUGCCUCCAUCUUGAACGACAGCGAGUCUCCCAGUAAGAGCGAGGAACCGCAGCCCUGGGAAGCCACAGCCGCCAGUAAACGCCAGCUGCUGUACGGCGAGGACGUGGACCGCAAGAACAGCGACGCUUCGCACUGUAGCGAAUGCACUAAAGGCACCGUCUACGUGUCCGAUGGCUACGAGACCAAGCAGCGUCUUCUAGUCAUCGUGCCAUACCGAGAAGCCGGUAUCUGGAGUCGCAGUAUCUGCAUGAACCAGUUCGACAGCGACAGUGACAGUGGCUCCAUGAUGUCGUACUUAAAAAAAGCUCUAAGCGAGAACUACGGCGUAGUGAUCUUGAACCCUGCGGCUCAGAGUUGCCACCCGCGCUCCCACGUCGAGAGCGCGUGGGACCAACUCGUCGCCCCCUUGGCCAGCGAGGUCUUCUUUGUCGCGUUCUCGCGUGGUGCACAGAUGGUACUACAUCUCCUCAACUACGACAACGGUCUGGGAGUCAUGCAGGACCGCGUCAAGGCCCUAGCGCUCGUCGAGCCGUCGCAUUACGUCAGUGACAGCGACACGUACUUUGCUCGACACAUGUUGGCACGUCGCGCUGUGUCGUGGAUCUUAAACUCGGAGAUCGACGUGGGGUGUAAGAUCCCACAGGGACACGCACGCCACGGCUGUGUCUGUGUGUCAGCAGGCACAGUACCGUCCAAUGUACUAGGCAGUAGCGGCGCGUACGCCUUGGAAAUGGUCAAGAGCUCUGUGUUCGGGUCAUUUGCAGCUCGGUGCGGCGAAGUAGCUGGCAUUACCGUGAACGCCAAUAAGAUUAACGCGUGUGGCAUCUGCCAUCGCAAGCUUUCCAUGCUGAACCGACGAAUCCCGUGCACGUGGUGUGAAGUCAAGUACUGUAGUCGCUGCUGCGAGGACAAAUUUGUGCCUGCUUUCGGUAGUUGGCGUGUGUGCUCUUUGUGUCAGUCGCUACCGUGUUUGAUCGACCCUCGACGUAAGGACCGCAGCGCUACGAACCACACGAGUCCGACGGCUGCAACGCAGGAGCGUUGCAGUGUCUUCAUCCGCCCUACAGCCGAUGACGACGACCCCGUGUGUCUGGGAGACUUUGAGAUCGUCAAACUUGUCGGUCGUGGCGCGUGUGGACGUGUCAAGCUGGUACGGAAGAAACACGGCUAUGACGAAGGCGUGUUCUACGCGAUGAAGGCGAUUCGCAAGAAACUGGUGAUCCAGCGUGGGCUGGUGGAAGCGACGAACGCGGAACGACGCAUUCUGGACCGGAUUAAACACCCGUAUGUGGCUACACUGUGUUACGCGUUCCAGACCGAAGCCAAGCUGUAUCUUUUGUCCAAGUAUUACCCUGGUGGCAACCUGCUGGACCAGAUGCGACUGGCACGGAGAUUCACUGAGGAUCGCACGAGACUGUACACUGCCGAAGUGGCGCUCGCUAUCCGCCACUUGCACCAGAAUGAUAUUAUUUAUCGCGACCUCAAGCUGGAGAACGUCUUGGUGGACUCGGACGGCCAUGUGGCGUUGACGGACUUCGGAAUGUCGAAGGAAAACAUGCCGGACGAAGGUCGCACCACGACGUUUGUGGGCACGUAUCAGAUGAUGGCGCCGGAGGUGUUUAGUGGCAAAUCCUACUCGCGAGCGGUGGAUUGGUGGGCCUUGGGUGUCAUGGUGUACGAGAUGAUCGAUGGACGGACCCCGUUUAACGCCAAGACGAACCGAUUAAUCAAGGAACGGAUCGUGAACGUGGACUUGAAGUUCUCGCCGCGCUUUACGGAAGACGCUAAGGACUUUGUGUCGAAGUUGCUGACCAAGAACGAAGACAUCCGCUUGGGAUCGGGGGAACAUGGCUUCGAGCAUAUUAAACACCAUCCGUGGUUCAAGGGACUCGAUUGGGCCACUGUGGAGCGCAAGGAAGCGUUGUUUGAAGGCCAGUAUGCACUUAUGGAGAAGCACGCCAAGGAGUACCGUACCGAAGAUAUCUUUGAGACGUACAUGAACACGGUGGAGGUGCCGAUCGACACGCCGGCGUCAGUCAAGAGCUCGAAUGGCGAAUUGUUCAACGACUUUGCCUUCAACUACAUGGACGGGCCGGAUGAGGAGCAACGUGACGUUCCUGAGCCGGACGAAGAAGGCGAGACCGAGAGCCCGUUGUCGCCCGUGUCGCCUGACGGCAGCACGGAGCGGACGUCGAAGCCUCGACCGCUUACGCUGAGGGAGGACAAGAUGCUAGACACGUUCCUGUCGACCAAUGGCUCGCACUUUGACUUGACGCUGCUGCGACCGAACCAAGCCACGGACUUUGGCGUCUCGGGCUGCUCGUCGUUGAGCUCGGAGGGCACAGAUGACGAGGCGGCGGAGCCUGUUGAGCAGCUGGACGACCUGGAGACGACGAAGAAGCAGAAGAAGGCCAAGAAGCCGUCCAGUCCGACGACGCAGCCGGUGUCACCUUCGAGUAAUGAAGGCACGGACGUGGACUCGGUGAUGACCAAGACCGGAAGCGAUGCGACCGAGGAAGGUGCCAAGGCCGCGUGGGUUUGA